CAUUUGUUAACAAUUUGGGGUCCAACAAGAUGAAAACAAAAAAAAUGGAAGAAAAGGUACUUUCAGCUUCGGCAGCAGCUCUUUAGCCUGCAAGACAGUUCUGAGACUCAACACUGGUGAAGUGAUGAGGCUGAUUGGCAGUCUUUCUUCUCCGGCAACCUACUCAGGCCUCAUCCUCUCUUAUCCUAGCACUAGGACGGCGUCGUAUUUCGCCUCUUCGUCUUCUUCCCACACUCCAUAUUUGAGACGAUGUUCCUUCUCAAAACAGUCACGUUUCUCCGUAUCAAUCUCCAAAUCGAAAUCUUCGCCGGCCAUUGUUGGUAAAGACGAUGUCGAAACGACAACGUAUCAACAGUCGGUGAACAGCAACGUUUCUCUGAAGUCAGAGAACAAUUCCCUGAGUAACCAAGUGGGAAGUCCAAGGAUUUUUCCGACCUUUAUAUCGGUUCCCAAAUUGAGCUUAAGUGACCAAGCUUUCUUCCUAUUAUCAUUCAUCACUGUCACGACAUCUUUGGCGUUUACGAGCCUAGCAUUUGCAGCUGUACCAACUCUAUUUGCAAUGCGAAGGGCAGCUAUUUCUCUUUCAAAACUUGCUGACACUGCCCGUGAGGAACUUCCUAGUACAAUGGCUACACUCAGGCUUUCUGGGAUAGAAAUCAGUGACCUAACUCUAGAAUUGACUGAUCUAAGCAAAGAAAUUUCAGAUGGUGUUAGCAAAUCUGCUCAAGCUGUGCAAGCAGCAAAAGCUGGUGUAAGACGAAUAGGUUCUCUUGCGCACCAACACACAAUGUCAAUGAUUGAGGAGAGAGCAAACCUGCCAGUCAUAUCUGUGAAGACAGUUGUUGCUGGGGCAGCAAAGAAGACCUCUCAAGCCGUUGGCCAAGCUGCCAAAAAGUUGAUAGGUUUUAGCUCCAGGGGAAACCAUGAUGAUUCAAGUAGAGAAGACAAUUGAAGAAACACCAAUAAAUAUGGUUUAGAACUCUAAAACAUUGCCUCCGUUAUAUUUUCUUCCAUCAAGAUAUCAAAGUGGUGUUAUAAUCAAUUUUGUGAAGAACCUAUGCUCAUCUCAGGGUUGCUAGAUCGCACUUUUGACCGCACUUUCUUACUGUGUAGUGCAUUUUAGUGCAUUUUAGACCGCACUUUUGACUAUUUUUUAGUUUGGAAGUUGUGUGUUGAUUCAUUUAUUUAGGGUGACACCCAUUGGUGUUGUAUGCUUGUUUGGAGUGUCUGAUCUUACCUGUGUUAUAUAAUAAAAAUUGAUUUCUCA